AUGCCUAGUUAUGCUAAGUUUCUGAAGGACAUCCUAAGCAAGAAGAAGAAUUUGACUAAGUAUGAGACUGUAGCUCUUACCGAAGGAUGUAGUGCACUUUUGACCAAUAGCAUACCCCCUAAGUUUAAAGAUCCAGGGAGUUUUACCAUUCUUUGUUCAAUAGGUGGGAAGGAGAUAGGGAAAGCCUUAUGUGACUUAGGUACUAGUAUCAACCUCAUGUCUUUGUCUGUCUUUAACACCUUAGGCAUAGGAGAGGCUAGACCUACCACAGUUACACUCCAUUUGGCAAAUAAAUCAAUUGCAUACCCUAAGGGAAAGAUUGAAGAUGUGUUGGUACAGGUUGAUAAGUUCAUAUUUUCGACAGACUUUAUCAUACUAGACUUUGAGGCUGAUAAGAACAUUCUGAUUAUUUUAGGGAGACCUUUCUUAGCCACCGGAAGAACUUUGAUAGAUGUGCAGAAAGGAGAAUUGACCAUGAGGCUUCAAGACCAAAAGGUCACAUUUAAUGUCUUCAACUCCUUAAAAUAUCUUGAUUAUCUGGAAGAGUGUUCAAGCAUAGCUGAAAUAGAAGAAGAGGUUGUCGAGGAAGGAAUUCAAGAAAACCUUAUGUUGGAAGAAGAGAGUGUAGAGGAAUUAGAAGAAGAGACUAUUGAGGAAGGAAAGGCAUUAGGAAUUCAUUCUAUGCCAGUAGAAGUGUCAGCUUUUUAA